AUGGGUCUCAUUGUCCCUAUACUCCGGAUUCUCUAUGUUGCAUUGAAUGUAUAUGACACGUUCAAGACGUUGAAACCGCCUCCUGGGUCAGCGCGCACCGGAGGACGGCCUACCGUGCGGGCUAUGAGCCAAAGGAAACGUGCGAUGAAAGGAUGUCUGGCGAUAUGGCUAAUAUGGUGCUGUUAUGCUGUGUAUGAACGCACAGUUGACGGCAUCAUAGGGAUGUUCAUCCCAUUCUACAGUGAAAUCAAAGCUAUACUCAUACUAUUCUUCUUGCUCACUCGUGCAAGGGGAGCCGAACCUGUUUACUUGCACAUCUUGCGUCCCAUGGUCAAGCCAUACACUGCCACUCUUGAUUUGGUUGUCGAGGCCGUAACACAACUCGGGGACCUCGUAUUUCUUUUCUGCGCUGUACCG